AUGAAGAUAGUAUUAGGUGAAUACAGUGGUGACUACAGCGGUGACUAUAGCGGUGACUACAGCGGUGACUACAGCGGUGACUACAGCGGUGACUACAGCGGUGACUAUAGCGGUGACUACAGCGGUGACUACAGCGGUGACUACAGCGGUGACUACAGCGGUGACUACAGCGCGGUGACUACAGCGGUGACUACAGCGGUGACUACAGCGGUCACAGCGGUGGCGGACAGCGGUGACUACAGCGGUGACUACAGCGGUGACUACAGCGGUGACUACAGCGGUGAGCGCGGUGACUACAGCGGUGACUACAGCGGUGACUACAGCGGUGACUAUAGCGGUGACUAUAGCGGUGACUACAGCGGUGACUACAGUGGUGACUACAGCGGUGACUAUAGCGGUGACUAUAGCGGUGACUAUAGCGGUGACUACAGCGGUGACUAUAGCGGUGACUACAGCGGUGAGCGCGGUGACUAUAGCGGUGACAUAGCGGUGAACAGCGGUGACUAUAGCGGUGACUAUAGCGGUGACUACAGCGGUGACUAUAGCGGUGACUACAGCGGUGACUACAGCGGUGACUAUAGCCGUGACUACAGCGGUGACUACAGCCGUGACUACAGCGGUGACUACAGCGGUGACUAUAGUGGUGACUACAGCGGUGACUACAGCGGUGACUACAGCGGUGACUACAGCGGUGACAGCGGCGAAUACAGUGGUGACUACAGUGGUGACUAUAGCGGUGACUACAGCAACGACUGCAGCAGAUGUAUUUGA